UGGGCGGCUGGAGCCGGGCGGGCGGGUGCUGGGGCUCGGCUCUGAUCGCCGAGUUGGACUCGCCGAGCGCACGGGACAGUGCUCCGCGCACGGGAAGCGCUCGGUAAAAACAAACGGGUGAACGCCCGGCACGCGGAGGCAGCAGCAGCCAGGGGCCCCCCGCAACUGAGGAGAGGGUUCCCCGCGUCAGCUCCCGCUCGGCUGCCACGAUGCCUUUUCUGCACGGCUUCCGCAGAAUCAUUUUCGAGUAUCGGCCUUUGGUGGAUGCCAUUUUGGAAGCUCUAGGGAUCCAAGAUCCAGAGCGACAGGAAACCCUGGAGAGCCCGCGUUACCCGGCCGAGGACGGCAGCCGGGUCCCGCUGCUCACCGAGCUCCUGCGGCGGGAAGCCCGGUCCCCCUUCUACAAAGAGGGGGUGAGCUACGCCCUGCUGAAGAUGGCCGAGCUCGGGCUGGCCCACGCCGCCGACCACCUCCUGCGCAACGGGGCCGACCUCAACUUCGAAGACCCGGUGACCUACUACACCGCCCUGCACAUCGCCGUCCUCCGCAACCAGCCCGACAUGGUGGAGCUGCUGGUGCGCCACGGGGCCGACAUCAACCGCAGAGACCGGAUCCACGAAAGCAGCCCCCUGGACCUGGCCGGCGAGGAACCCGAGAGGCUGCCCUGCCUGCGGCGCCUGCUGGAGCUCGGGGCUGACGUCAACGCCGCCGACAAGCACGGAAAGACCGCCCUCCUGCACGCGCUGGCCAGUAGCGACGGGGUCCAGAUCCACAACACGGAGAACAUCCGGCUCCUCCUGGAAGGAGGCGCGGACGUGAAGGCCGCCACCAAAGACGGCGACACGGUCUUCACCUGCAUCAUCUUCCUGCUGGGCGAGACGGUGGGAGGGGACAAGGAGGAGGCCCGCAUGAUCAACCGCUUCUGCUUCCGGGUGACCCAGCUGCUCCUGGCCCACGGGGCCGACCCCAGCGAGUGUCCGUCCCACGAGUCCCUCACCCACAUCUGCCUCAAGAGCUUCAAGCUGCACUUCGGGCUCCUGCGCUUCCUGCUGGAGUCCGGGGCCUCCUACGACUGCUCCCUCCACGGCCCGUCCUGCUGGUCCGGCUUCCACGUCGUCUUCGACAGACUCUGCUCUCACCCCCGCCCCGAGGACGGCGGCCCCCCGGACCUCCUGCGGAAAGCGGAGACCGUGGUGGAGCUCAUGGUGGCCAGCUCGCAGAGGGUCAGGCUGCCCCCCAACUUCGAGGUCAGCCCCGCCGGCCGCCACUCGGAGAAGAUCGAGGCCCUGCACCGCUCCCUAAAGCAGCUGGAGUUCCGCCCCCAGCCCCUCGGCCACCUCUGCCGCGUGCUCAUCCGCCAGCGGCUGCGGCCGUGGCCCGUGGACGCCAAGGUCAAGGCCCUGCCCCUCCCGGACCGGCUGAAGUGGUACCUCCUCAUCGAGCACGGCGACCGAGACGUCUGAUUCGGCCCGGGGCGAACCCCCCGCCCCGGCCGUCCGGCGGCGCGAGGGCCCGUCUCGUCCGCGGGCCGUCGGCCUGGACCGGGCCUGCCUCGGACUCCCGGGAAGGGGCGGGUAAACUGACUCCGCCCGCGGGCGCGGGAGGGCCGGGGGUUCGGACUGUGCGUGAAAACACCACGUUGCGGGGGUGGGGGAGAACGCCACAAGCCUCCCCUCCCGCUUUUCUCUAAGCAGAAGGUCCGGGAAUCAGUUUGCAUCUCUUCUAACGGCGAUUAUAAAGAAAAGCUGUUCUGCCGGCGUUAAGCUGAGGGGGUGUGGGGGCCAGCGCCCUCUUAGAAAGCCUCCGGCCAAGCCGGCGGCGUGCGGUGUAGAGAACCGUCGGGAGAGCAAUCGUGAUCGAUCCUCCGCCUCCCCCCCCCCCCCCCCCCCACCGAUUUUAAAGCGACGCCGAAUGAACCAACGGUCCAAUCACGUGUGUGUAAAGCAUUGGUGUUCUGAAUAAGUCGGAGCCAUUAAAUCGGGUCUUUUCUCAGUUAAA